AUGACCACCCUCAUAGAGAUCCCCGCCGUCGCCGCCUUCCACCUCCCCAGUCCUGCCUCUUCCCCCCUCCCCCUCUCCGCCGGCGACCUCUCCCUCAUCCUCCUCCCAGCUGCCCCGCCCACCACACCGGCCGAGACACUCACCCUCAACGUCGGCUCCUCCUCCUUCCCACUCACAAAGAGGUAUCCCGUCCAGAAAGUGCAGAGCAAGGACGAGCACCCCACCUAUGCUUUCGGCGUCCAGGCGCAGGAGGCUGUGGCCUCUGUCGGGCAGGUCAGAAUCACCAUGAAGCACAGCACCAACCCAGGCGAAUGGGAAGCUACCGAAGCUUUCUGCACCAAGCUUGAAGCAAUCUUGAAAGAGCACGGGCUUUGGAAGGCCGAGAUCUUGUUUGUAGACGACGAAUACGAGACUGGAGGCUCUCCCGCUGUCAAGAAGGGCUGGGGAGAGUCGCUCGCUGGUAGUCUUGUCUCUGGCGGGCAGUCUCUUGCUACCAAGAUCCACGGAUAUGCAGACAAACAUGUGAAGACCUCCGAACCCGGUACCGCUGUGGAGCCCACCCGAGGCGAAGUCGAAUCCGCUAAAUCAUUCUCUCACACCACUUCUUCCAUCGCGGCAUCUGCCAGCGACGGUGCCACUUCUGUUGGCAACGCUGUCCACUCUGCCGGCUCAUCUGUUGCGUCCGCCCUCCCCAGUCAAGCCAAGAUUGACCGCGACUUGCCUGAAGCAGAAAAGUGGCAAAUCAGGAAGGCAGCAGAGAGCGGCUGGGAGCAAGUCACAUUUGCGGCCAAGGGAGUCGCUGAAGCUGCUACCACCGUGGGUGGGGCUAUCAGCAGCGGUGGCCACCAGGCCAUCCAGCACAGUUCUGGUAAGGAGGCGGAUGAUGUUGCCCAAGAUAUUGGCCAAUCUGGCUCCAACUUGGCAUCUACGGUCGGCUCUGGCUUGAAGACCACCAGUAUCGCUGCCCAAGGCGGCAAUGCCACCAGCGGGUUCGCCUCGGGCACUUAUGCUACCAAGCCCGCAGCAGGUGCUCUGCCGUAG